GCGUGCCCUGUCACUGAACAUGAAUAGUCAUAAUGCAAGAUAUUUUGCUAGAGCGGCUUCUUGGCAAAACUCAUUUGCUGUACGACAAGCGCAAGGUGAAGAACUCCGAGCUCAUUGAUAUGGAUCGAUUGAUCCAACGGUGUGCGCGAGGAGAACACGGAGACAGGACACGGGGUUUUUUCUUCUUCUCAGAGAGGAUGCACGGCACCGCUCGCGAAGCUCAGAUUGCCAGCGAACUCGUGCCUAGCGGAUACACUGCAUUUCUCAGAUGGCGCCACGCUUACUAUGACUCCGGAUAUAGCGAAGACGAAAGCGAAGACCACGGUCUCAUCUCAUGCUUUGCUCUUGGAGACGGGACGGAAACACCCGAAUCUAGAUAGAAAAGCAAUGAUGGACCAGUGCCAAUGACUCGGGAUGAUAGCAAGAGAAAGAAAGAAG